UGCAAGUGCACUGAAAACAAAGCCAAGCAUCGAUCUGAUGAUCCAGAUCCAUUAAUAAAUCGUGUUUUUUCACGGAACUCAUACUGUAAAUAAUAAGCUUUGUCAUUGAGUCUAUUCAUCCUUAAAUGUGAGCAGGUGGGCUGAAUAUGAGUACCUCACUUUCAAAGACAAAAGAGUUGUUCAACCAGAUUCUUGUGUCAAACAAGUGGGGCUUAAGUACAACUGUGUGCAGAGAGCUGCUGUUAUUUAAUACAUGCAGUGGAAGAUUGCAACUAGCAUGAGGAUUACUUCUGGAGAACAGUCCGUAUGUGUCGUUAUUCUUUCCUAACUUCAAAGGAUGAGUUGCCUCAAGGAUUUUACAAAUCAGCUACAGACAUUAAAGGCUCAGUUAUUAAAUCAGACUGCGGACAGAAACUCAUCCAACGGUCAGCAACAGAGGGGGUCGGGGGGGAUCCCUCUGACCAGGAAGAUGUGUUACGCUGUGGGUGGCGUCCCGUUUCAGAUCACAUCAGUGGCUAUAGGUGUUUCCCUGCAGAUUUUCCUUCUGGAUGUUGUGCAGAUGGAGGCCUUCUAUGUCUCCAUGAUUUUGUUUGUGAGUCGAGUCUGGGAUGCUGUGACGGACCCUCUGGUUGGAUAUCUGGUGAGCCGCAGCAACUGGACACCCAUCGGCAAACUCACUCCAUGGCUGGUUCUUUCCACGCCAUUUGGCGUCCUGUCCUAUCUGCUGCUGUGGUUUGUGCCACAAGGCUCGAUGUCUCAGGCUGUCAGCGUGCUGUGGUUCCUCACAACAUCCUGCCUGUUUGAGACCCUAAUGAGUUGCUACAACGUCCCCUACCUCUCACUCAACAUGUUCCUGGGGGGAGAUCAGAGAGAUAGAGACUCUGCCACAGCCUACAGAAUGAGUGUGGAGAUGGUGGCGAUGCUGCUGGCUUCUGUAAUUCAGGGUCGUGUUGUAGCUGUGUACAACACAGAGAAGCAGGAGGCCUGUCUACAGCAGGACGAGGCUCAUGAAACCCCUCAAAGCUCAUCUCCACCACUCACUGCAUUACUUCAGGAAACGCAAACGGCUUUCCUGACCUCAGCUUUGGUCAUAGGUGCGUUGUUUUUCCUCUGUAGCCUGGUUCUCUUCCUGGGGGUGAAGGAACAGCGGGCGCCACUCUGCUCAGAUGACAAAGAACGACCGUCAUAUCUGACCUCUCUUAAGCUGCUGAUAUGCCACAUUCCUUACCAACGGCUGGUGCUUGGCUUUGUGUUCAGUGUACUUGCAUUUCAGAUGUCCUUGGGUAAUUUUGCACUUUUUUGCAGUCAUGCAGCUGGGCUGGGGCCCCAGUUCCAGCAUCUCCUACUGGUUUUACUGGCUUCUGCCUCUAUAGCAGUUCCUUUAUGGCAAGUAGUUCUUCUGAGAAUUGGAAAAAAGGCCACAGUUUUCAUCGGACUUUCACUCUUCAUCCCAGCUGUGAUUAUAGUCGCCUGUGUUCCCAGCAACCUGCCAGUCUUCAUGACUAUGUGCAUUCUGAUGGGAUUCAGCGUGGCGACCAUAUUCUUGCUACCCUGGUCCAUGCUCCCAGAUGUGGUGGAUGACUUUGCUGUGAGACAUCCCUCGUGCAAGGACCUGGAGCCGCUGUUUUUCUCCUGUUAUGCCUUCUGCAGUAAGCUGGCAGGAGGCCUGUCUGUUGGAAUCUCAACUAUGACUUUGCAGUUUGUGGGCUACAGAGCGGGUGCAUGUAACCAUGGGGACGGAGUGGUGACGGCUCUGAUCGUGCUGUUCUCACCAGUUCCUAUCACACUUCUGCUGAUAGGAAUGAUCUUUUUUCGCUCUUACCCAAUCAAUGAGAGGCAAUGUUUGCAGCUCCAGGAACAACUGACCACAGUUCACCCAGAAGCUGCAUCAUCAUCAUCAUCAUCAGACCCAAGAGAAAACGCAGAGCAGUCAACCAUUCUGCAGCAGCCCCAUGCUGGUGUGACAUCAACUUCACAUUGUAACACAAAGACCAACACAUUGCACAAGUCAAAUUCCUCACCAUGUUGUUACAAUCACGAUAAGAAAAGCCCAGUGAAGUCAACUAUCCUUUUAAAUGAAUUGAAAGGCCCUUCUGGAAAAUACAGCAGGCCUAAAUCAGUUGUGCAGUCAAAUCCUCAGAGUCAUAAGCAGAUACUCAGCCCUCAUUGGCGCUCUGUAGAAGCUACAUUGAGCAGAAAUGUUCCUGAAAAUGAUCCUGGCAGGUCAAAUAUGAGAUCUAAAGUCUCCUGGGUAUAGUGAGAUACCUUAAAGGAAUAUUUUGACAUUUGGGGAAAUAUGCUUACUGGCUUUCCUGCCAAGAGGAAUCAUGUUUGCACACUAAAUAUGAGGCUAGAGCAAGCAUAGUUAGCUUAGCUUAGCAUAAAGACUGGAAGCUGCUAGUCUGAAUCUGUCCAAAGUCAUUGGUCCUGGCCAAGAAAUAGUUUCAGCAUGUAACUCCUUGUAAAAUCUCAACUUGUCAUUUACAUUUCUGUUUGUGUAUAGGUUAAAUAUACCUGCUAUAAAGUGCUAAUGAGUAAAGGUUAGAGGUGAUGGUAGGCAGAUUAUUUUAAUUUUGGAAGGAGUCAGGCUAGCUGUUUCCCAUUUGCAGUAUCUAUGCUGAGCUAAUCCAAUCACCUGAUAGCUCUACUUUCAUAUUUAGCGUACAGACAUAUUCCUUCCAGUAUUUUUAAAGUUGUGUAUUGCAUAACAUAUGUCUCGACAAUCCUCCUCUUUCAGUUGCUCUGUGUGAUUUAAUAGUAUUGUUUGUUUCUAAGAUGCUGGACAGGAGACUUGCUGACCUUGUGAUUUGUGUUAAUUUGCUUAUUCUUUUUAAGUUAUCAUAACUUCAGGUUUGUAAGUACUCUUGUUGUCAACAAUUGCCCCAUAUGCAUGAAA